ACCUACAACUCGAUUGGCGAUGGAUCCUCGACAUGCUUGGUUCCUCCGCCUGAAAGAAGCGUUGGAUGACUCGCUCAAGCAAGUGACGCUGACGGUCCAGCCGUCCCGAGCGUGCUUCCGCGGGCGGAGUCCGUUCACAGUCUACCACUACACGAUCACAAAGCCUGGCCUUCGAUGGGCCGUGGACCGCCGGUACUCUGAAUGCCAUCACCUUCGGAAGGACCUGCUUAGGCACUUCCGCCGCGCCAACCACCCGUCCCUCGCCACGUUCCUCGCACCCCUUGUCCACGUGGAUUUUCCCAAGAAACGCUUUGGCGAAGAUACCAAGUGCAUCGUCGGCGAGCGCAAACUCAAGCUCAAGCUGUUUCUCCGAGUGUGUAUGGACAUUCGCGCGACGCUCAUGGCGUACGUCGUCGUCUACCAGCAACGACCCACAAGUCUCCUCAUCAACAUCCUCGACCACCUCGACACAUUUCUCGGCAUGCCGCCUCAACCCCGCGACGACGAGCGCCGCCUCAUGCGCAGCAUCUUGUCCCUCUUGCAGCAAAAUGUAACGCAAUCCUCGUCCGUCCGGCCGUCUAAAGCGACCCGCCCAUCCAGUCUUGACGACUGUGCCAUCUGCCUCUGCGACUUUGACGACGAUGAUGUCCAUGUCGUGACCCUUCCAUGCGAUCACGUCUUCCACAGUGACUGUGUCUUUCCUUGGCUUGUCCGAGAUCACUCAUGUCCGCUGUGCCGCACAAGCGCGGUGGAAUUCCCUUAAAUAAACAUCGCAAGUAUUAUCAAUAGUAGUACUAUUGUCAAAUAGUAUUACUAUUUUGAUGUCGACGGAACUAAUAAUAGUGUUGAUACUGUAAAUAGUGUCAACAUUAUGGUAGUAAAUUGACAUGUGAGUACCA